UCCAAUCUUCCGCCGUAAACCCUAAAUCAAGAAAACUGGAAACCGAACCUCCGAUUGCUCUUGCUCAGAGCUCACUCGAGAAUCAAAGGGCGGCAGAGAGAAGGGUGGACAUGGCGGAGCGCUUCGACGAUGUGGUCAUUAAGUCACCCACCGACCGUAGAUUGUAUAGGAUCCUUCACCUUCCUAAUGGACUUUGCGCGCUGCUGGUACAUGAUCCCGAGAUUUACCCCGAAGGCCUUGAUGCGCCCCAUGACGGUGCCGUGGAGGAGGAUGCUUCCAUGGAUGAAUAUGAAGAAGAUGAUGAUGACGAUUGCGACGGGGUUGAUGAUGAUGAAGAGUACGAGUCGGAUGAGGAGGAUGAGUCGGAUGAGGGAGAGGACGGGGAGGGAGAAGGGGACGAGGGCCAAUCAAUGAUAAAGAGCAAGGGGAAACUUUCACACACCAAAAAGGUUGCUGCAGCAAUGUGUGUAGGAAUGGGUAGCUUCUCUGACCCAUAUAAUGCUCAGGGACUCGCCCAUUUCUUAGAGCAUAUGCUUUUCAUGGGGAGCAAAGAAUUUCCAGAUGAAAAUGAGUAUGAUAGUUAUGUGUCCAAGCAUGGGGGCUCAACAAAUGCUUACACCGAAACCGAAUACACUUGUUAUCACUUUGAAAUUAGUCGUGAGUACUUGAAGGGCGCCUUGAAAAGAUUUAGCCAGUUUUUUAUAUCUCCAUUGAUGAAGAUUGAGGCAAUGGAACGAGAAAUCUUGGCUGUUGAUUCAGAGUUUAACCAAGUACUACAAAGUGAUAAUGCACGUUUGCAACAACUUCAUUGCCAUGCAUCUACACCAGGUCACCUUUUCAACAGAUUCUAUUGGGGAAAUAAAAAGAGUUUGAUGGAUGCCAUGGAGCAUGGUGUCAAUUUGCAAGAAGAAAUCUCAAAACUAUAUAUGGAAAAUUAUCAUGCAGGAAUCAUGAAACUAGUUGUAAUAGGAGGAGAUCCCUUAGAUGUGUUAGAGAAUUGGGUAAUAGAGCUCUUCAGUAAUGUGAAAGCAGGCCCUUCAUUAAAGACAAACUAUAACACAGAUGUGCCAAUUUGGAAAGUGGGGAAGCUGUAUAGAUUAGAGGCAGUUAAGGAUGUACAUGUUCUGGAGUUGGCUUGGACACUUCCUUGUCUUCACAAUGAAUAUCUGAAGAAACCAGAAGACUAUUUAGCACAUUUGUUGGGCCAUGAGGGGAGGGGAAGCUUGCUCUAUUUGCUGAAAUCUAAAGGAUUGGCAAGUGCAUUAUCAGCUGGUGUUGGUGAAGAAGGAAUGAGCAGGUCCUCCAUUGCUUACAUUUUUGUCAUGUCCAUCUACCUCACUGAUUCAGGUCUAGAGAAGUUUGAUGAGGUAAUUGGGUUUGUAUAUCAGUAUAUUAAGUUGUUGCGCCAAACUUCCCCUCAAGAAUGGGUUUUUAAAGAACUUCAGGAUAUAGGAAAUAUGGAUUUUAGAUUCGCUGAGGAGCAACCACAGGAUGAUUAUGCAGUAAAUCUAGCAGAAAAUUUCUUUUUUUAUUCAAAAGAGCAUAUUAUUUCUGGAGAAUAUGCUUUUGAGCAAUGGGAUCCUGAGUUGGUGCAGAACAUUUUGAGUCUUUUCUCACCAGAAAAUAUGAGAGUUGUCGUACUCUCAAAAUCAUUUGAUAAACAGUCACAAGCCAUCCAAUACGAGCCAUGGUUUGGGUCCCAAUACAUUGAAGAAGACAUUUCACCAUCUCUUCUCAAGCUUUGGGGAAAUCCUCCUGAAAUUGCAUCAUCUUUGCAUUUGCCUUCGAGGAAUGACUUCAUCCCUUCUGACUUUUCACUUCGAAAUGCUAAUAUAUCAAAAAACCUAUCAAAUAUUAGUUUCCCUCAGUGCAUUAUUGACAAUCCGCUAAUGAAACUCUGGUAUAAGAUGGACACGACGUUUAAUGUCCCCCGUGCAAAUGUGUACUUUUUGAUCACAGUAAAGGAUGGAUAUAGCAGUAUCAAAAAUUGUGUGUUGACAGAGCUUUUCAUAAAUCUUCUCAAAGAUGAGCUAAAUGAAAUCAUAUAUCAGGCUGGAGUGGCUAAACUGGAAACUUCUUUGUCAUUUGUUGGUGAUAAGCUCGAGUUGAAGUUGUCUGGUUUCAGUGACAAACUACCGAUCUUGCUAUCAAAGAUAUUGAACUUGUCCAAAACAUUUAUGCCAAAAAAUGAUCGAUUUAAGGUUAUUAAGGAGGACAUGGAGAGAAAAUUCAGAAACUACAAUAUGAAACCUUUGAGCCAUUCUUCCUACCUGAGGAUACAGUUAUUGCGUCGUAAAUUCUGGGGUGUGGAGGACAAACUUUCCUGUCUCUUGCAUCUUACGCUUUCCGACUUAAUUGAGUUUAUUCCAAGACUUCUAUCUCAGUUAUAUAUUGAGGGCCUCUGCCAUGGAAAUUUAUCUGAAAAGGAGGCAAUUGAAAUAUCAAAUAUCUUUACCGAUACCUUCUCCGUAGAACCUAUACCUGCAGAGUUACGACAUAAAGAGAGUGUUCUCUGCCUUCCGUCUACUAGUAAUCUGAUCAGAAGUGUUCUUGUAAAGAAUGCCCAAGAAGUGAACUCUGUGGCCGAGCUUUAUUUUCAAAUUGAACAAGAUGUGGGGAUCGAAGCCACUAGAUUAAGAGCCAUCACGGAUCUUUUCAGCAACAUUAUAGAAGAACCGUGCUUCAAUCAGCUUAGGACAAAGGAGCAGCUCGGUUAUGUCGUUGAAUGUAGCCCGAGGAUGACCUACCGUGUUUUGGGAUAUUGCUUUCGCGUUCAAUCCUCAGAAUAUAGUCCGAUACACUUGCACGGCAGGAUAGACAACUUCAUCAACGGUCUUCAAGAUUUACUGGAAUCUCUUGACGACGAAUCUUUUGAGAGCCAUAGAAGUGGACUUAUAGCAGAAAAGUUGGAGAAGGAUCCAUCACUUUCAUACGAGACGGGAAAUUAUUGGGAUCAAAUUGUGGACAAAAGGUAUCUGUUUGACAUAUUGAAAUUGGAAGCUGAAGAACUGAAGAGUGUCAAAAAGAGCGAAGUUAUCGAUUGGUUCAAUGAAUAUUUGAGGCCAGAGUCCUCAAAAUGCCGAUGGCUCGCUGUUCACGUCUGGGGCUCCAGAACAAACUAUAAAGAAGAAGCACUUUUGCUUGGUAAAUUGGGUAAGGUCAUCGAAGACGUGGAUCUAUUCAAAUCGACAUCGAACUUCUAUUCGAGUCUCUGUUGAAUAACCCUCAAACAGCUAGAGUGUGAAAAAAAAGGCAUUCAACGUUCCUUUUAAUACCAUUUUGUAAAAUUGCCAAUUCUUUUCUUUAUUGUAAACUGAUCCCCUUCCCUUA